UCCUCCUCCUCCUUCUCUUCCUCCUCCUCCUCCUGUGCUGCCUCCCCAGCUCUGUUGCACUCGUUAUAGGGCAGCACCCGCUCCGGCAGCCACACGUCUGUGCCCUGGGCCUGGCCUGGCCACCAGGCAAUAGUCCGACAGACUAGAGGCAGACAAGCAGAAGGACCAGCCUUCCUCAUGGCAACUGCAGGCAAAGGAGCAACAACAGAGCAAGGAACCCCGAGCCCAGAAGUGGCCACAGACAAUGCCCCCAAAGGCAGGGCUGGUGAGGCUUCUCUUGUCCAGGAGAAAGGAGCUGUGCCUCCAGGCCAGCCCCUGCCUGGCAGCCCAGGCCCCCCCAAGGAAAGAGCUACUGCUGCUGGUGGGGUGGCCCAGCCAGAUGGAGGGGUAGGGGAGGCAUCCCUGGCAGCAGCGGAGGGAAGUGCCGGACCAGCGGCUGCCCUGCCCCAGCAGUCCCUACCGAUGGAUCCGUCAGGGAAAAAACCAGAGGCUGGUCCCAAGGGAUCUGAGACUGGGCUGAACAGCAAGGGUGGCCAAGGGGCAGGAGAAAAGACCAAGGGAGAAAAGAAGCCAGUGGGCAAAGAAGAACCUAAGAAGGCACCCCCACCCUUCCUGCACAGCCCCAGCUGCCCUGCUACUAUCCAGAGCUCUGAGAAACCGAUGGAGAAGAGCUUGGGGGAAGCAGAGAAAGCUCUUGGUGGAAAGCAGGGUUCUCAGGUCUCAGAAACCAUCUCUGGACAAGCCAGCCGCACCCCGGCUGCUUCUAGCAAGCUUGCCGAGGGAGAGAAAAAGUUGGUGGAUCCUCAGGCAGGGAGCCAGGAGAAGCCUUUGGAGAAGGCUCAGGGCCCAGAAGGAGAGAGAUCCCAGGCCCAGCCCAGCCCAGCUAGUCCUCCCAAGGCCCAGCCGGACAGCAGCUCUGCUAAGGGAGAAGGGGACAACCCUGAAGGGAUCGUGUUCCAGGCUGUUCCCUUGGAAAAAGAGGCGACAGAGAAGACCGCCUGUCCUAGUGCCAACAAAGAGGAUACCUUCGAGAUUCUGGAUGACUGCCCCCCUCCUCCGGCUCCCUUCCCCCACCGCAUCGUGGAGCUAAGGACCGCAAACGUGAGCAGUGAAUUCACCAUCGAUUCCCAGCAUCAGCUGGGAGGGGGGAAAUUUGGGGAAGUUUGCACAUGUACAGAGAAAGCCACAGGCCUCAAAUUGGCUGCGAAGACCAUCAAGAAGCAAAGUCCAAAAGACAAGGAGAUGGCACUGUUGGAAAUUGAGGUGAUGAACCAGCUAAACCACCAUAACCUCAUUCAGCUCUAUGCUGCCAUUGAAACCUCACAUGAGAUCAUCCUCUUCAUGGAGUUUGUGGAGGGUGGAGAGCUGUUCGAGAGGAUUGUGGAUGAGGACUACCAGCUGACAGAGGUGGAUACCAUGGUGUUUGUCAGGCAGAUCUGUGAAGGGAUCCUCUUUAUGCACAACAUGAGAGUGCUCCACCUAGACCUCAAGCCUGAGAACAUAUUGUGUGUCAGCACCACGGGACACAUGGUGAAGAUCAUCGACUUUGGCCUGGCACGGAGAUACAAUCCCAACGAGAAGCUCAAAGUCAACUUUGGGACCCCCGAGUUCCUGUCCCCAGAGGUGGUGAAUUACGACCAAAUAUCCGAUAAAACAGAUAUGUGGAGUAUGGGCGUGAUCACCUACAUGCUGCUGAGUGGCCUCUCCCCAUUCCUGGGAGAUGAUGACACUGAGACCCUCAACAACGUGCUGGCUGCCAACUGGUAUUUUGAUGAGGAGACCUUCGAGACCAUCUCAGAGGAGGCAAAAGACUUUGUAUCCAAGCUCAUUAUCAAGAACCCUGGAGAACGGAUGAGUGCGGCUCAGUGUCUGGCACACCCCUGGCUCAACAACCUGGCGGAGAAGGCCAAGCGCUGUAACCGACGCCUCAAGUCUCAGAUCCUGCUCAAGAAAUAUGUGAUGAAGCGACGCUGGAAGAAAAAUUUCAUCGCUGUGAGUGCUGCCAACCGUUUCAAGAAGAUCAGCAGCUCAGGAGCCCUGAUGGCUCUGGGGGUCUGAGGCCAGGGGGGCUACGUGGAGGCUGCAACAGAACAACCCAGAGAGCCUCAGGGGGUCCAAGGGCCCAGCAACUGGGAGGGCCUAAGGGCAAUGGGCCAGGCCUCCAAGGAAAGGACAGUCGGGAGGACAAUGCCUAGACCUCAACAGCUUGUGCUUGGUGGACUUGCAACCCCUUCUCGGGCUCAGGGUGGGGGCUUCUCCUGCCAAAAGGUGACCAGGUCCAGAUCCCUCUCUGUUCUCAAAGAAUCUUCCUCCCCAGGCCCCCAACACACAAACAUGCAAUUAACCCUGUGGGUCCUGUCAUGCUUCCCUGACUGGAUGCCACCUCCUACCUAGGCUUCAUAGGAUUUCAAGCAGGAAGGGACCAUAGAGAGCGAAUAGUCCAAUUCUCUCAUUUGAUAGAUGGAGAAAUUGAGUGAGGCCAGAGUGGGGAAGUGACCAUCUGUGGUCACACAGAGAACAGAGCUGGGAUCAGACCCCAAGUCUCGUGGCUCCAAACUCCAUGCACUUGUUCCUACUCUUGGGUUCUGUUCUCUGAAAGAGAAUCCCUCCCGCUCUGCUGAGUCUAUGGAGCCCAUGAUUCAGAGGGUUCAGGGUUGUCUAAAACCCUGACCAGUUUUCAAUCAGGAAACUACUCUGGCCUCAGGAUCUUGUAUCCCAAGUAGCCUCCCUGCCGCAAUCUCUUUCCCCACUCUCCAGGCCUCUAGACUUAAGGGGAGCUAAUAGCCCAUUCUUGGGGCUAGUAGGUGGGUGGGACUCAUGGUCAGACUUAGGGGCCUUUGGAAGGAGUAGGAGACCUUAUUGCAUAAUGGAAAAAGAGCUGGAUUUGGGGUCGUAAGACCUGGAUUCAAAUUCUGGUUCUGCUACAAGUAACACAACCUCUGGGCCUCAGUUUCCUCCUCUAUAAGUGAGGGGAUUUUACUAAGUGUUCUCUAAGUUCCCUUUCAACUCUAAAUCCUAUGACCCUGGGUGCCCAAAUGCUCCCAGUUCCCUUAAACAUGAGGGGUCCCCAGACUCUGAACCGCUGUUUGCUGGGUAAGCUCUCCAGCUGGGGUGGGGGGAAUUCAGGGAAAGAACAGUUCCUGUUAGGCCAGAAGGCUCAUUGCACAGAACAGAAGGAAGGAAGGAAGGAAGGAAGCAAGCCCCUGACCCAGAUCCCAGAAGGAGUCCCUAGCCAGGGGGGUGAGAGUGGGGGUAGACAGAAAAGGGCUUUGUGUUUUCUACUCACCCCCUUGGCCUUCCCAAGCCACCAACAGAGGCAGAGAGAGAUGGAACCUGCCUCCUCCCCAGAAAAGGAUUCCCCCACAUAGCUAGAGUCCAGAGAGGCUGUGGUGCUAAUGCAGACCAGCUGGGCCCCUAGCCGGCCUCCUCACCCCAAUGAAAGCACCAUUUCACAGUGACCACCAACAGGCAGGAACUUCUGUGUGUGAGUGAGCCAGAACUCAGGAGGAGGGCAGCCCUGCCCUUCCCCAUGUCCCUUCUCCCUCUCUCUCCCCCUCCCCCCCCCCAUAUACACAUCUCACCAUGGGUCAGUAAGAACCUGGGAAAGCAGAGGUGGGGGGCAGAAGCACUCCAGCAGUCUCCUACCAGUCAGCUAGCUCCCGUAGGUCUGCUCUUCAGAAGGCCUUGACAUCUCUACUUUUCCUAUCACCUCAGAAGGCACGCUGACAUGAGCAGGCCCCCUAAGAUGACAUCUUUGCCAUCCAGAAAUGCCCAGGAACAACCUCACUGCUCAUCCCACCCUUCCAACCUAGGUUGGAUGGUCUGAGUGAUGUAUCACUGCCAGGCCAUGAUAGUGAAGAGACACAGGACAGUUAGGGUGUUACAGCAGCCUAGGGUAAGGGCUGGGAUGAUGCAUCAUAUUCUCAGAACAAAGAUGAGAUUCAAGAGCUCUGGCUUUCAUGUAAAUAAAUGUACAGGUUGA